AGGAAGGGAGAAGGCGAGGGAUAGGAAACAGCAGGUCGAGGCAAAUGAGCAGCCACAGAAUCUCAGCUGGUCUGCGCUCGGUCACGGCCCGGCGGUCCCCGAAGAAAGGGUCCGGGGUUUGUGGGCCGCGAGCGCCCGGGCCCCACUGCAUAAUUCCUGAAAGUCAAGGCGCCAAUAGUUGCAGGGCUCGGGGCUGUCUCUCUCGCGCGAGAACAAAUGGCACGCUGCAGGGCCGGGCCUGGGCGAGAGUGGGAGCCAUAGAAGAGAGCAGGAGAGCGAGAAGGCAUGAAAAGAAAGAAGCCCAAGAAGGCGAUGGGGGCCGAUCAUGACUCUUCCUGCGCCAGACUCGUCGCUCUACAGCUCUGCUCUCGUCAAUUAUUCACGUGAGGACCGCCAGCUGCCGUCCGGCCUCGGCGUUCGCAAGCACCGCGCGAGCGAGGAGAACCCCGCACCCCAGACGCCAGAUCCGCUGUCUUUCCGCAUCGACUCGCCUUGUCUGCUCCUCCUCCUCGUUGCCUCCGAUCGAUCCCGCCUUGCUCAGUCCCUCGCCUCCGUCCUCUCUGUCGACCUUUCCCCGGCGCUGUCCCUCCUGCUGCCUGCUUGCCUUCCUCUCGGUGCUUUCGAUCGUUGUCCCGUGGUUGCUUCGACCUCUGCACCCAUGUGAGCGGCGGGGGUCUCCGGUCUCUGCGUGCAAUGGUUGCCGGGCAGGGCGGUGGAUAUGGUGCACGUUGAGCAGUAUGGUUCUCAAACCCUGAAGUUUCUGAGAUGAGGCGAGUGGUUUCCUAUGGAGGGGCAUCCGGGGUGCCUGCCUCGCAGAGGCUCAAGCACAAACUAUCGAUUACAGCGGGAAUGCACUUGCUCUACAAUGAUUUGAAGGAAGAGCAGCAGGGGUUUCUAGCUCCUGUCGUGCAGCCGCAACAAGAGAGAAUCAUACAUCGAACUGCAUGGGCUACUCGCAACUUCUCGUCGACCAAGUCCGUCGCUAAAGAGUUUGUCAAUGGAAGGAGGGACUCCUUCUCUUCCGAAGGAGGUUCAGUUGUGGAGGAUGCUGGUAAAGUUGAGAUACGGAGCACAGGUGGUGAUCCAGGGCUACCUGUUGCAACGAAGAGCAAAGAUGAGAGGGAGCUGAUUGGGAGGUCAGCAGGUACAGAUAUAGCCCUUCGCGAUCUUAGACCGACGGAUGUAGAGGGGAACCCUGCAAGCAACUCGGAAGACCACUCAGUUUCCCCUUCUAAUGUAGGCAAGGCCGCGGAUGAUACUACCAGUUCGACUGAUUCGACGAUCACGCCGGCAUGUGCCAACUUAGUCGAGGGUGGAGAUGGCACUGUUAAUAAUACGGCAUGUUCUCGUUCAGAAGAGUCUUGCUCAGAUAUAGUCGAUGAGAAUAAGGGAUCAAAGCCGCGGGUCUUAGGAUUUGAGGGAACACACACAGUCGAGCUUUUUGUGAGUUCGUCUAGUGUUGAAGUGCAGGAAGGAUGUCAGAUAGGGACAUCCACCCUCGCUGAAUUUGAUGCCGAUCAAAAACAAUUACAGGAUCUGGAAUUCGAGGUACGAGUAUGUGAGCUUGCUAGUGCUUCUACGUCGUCGGUUCAAGGUGCAGUGGAGAACAGCACGGCCUUGAACAGGGAAAAGGAUGGAUCAGAUGUCGAGGAGCAAGUUCAGGUGGAGGAUAAUGACGAUAUGAAAUUAGAGGCGAAAACUAGCACACCCAGAGGAUAUUCUUGGACUAAUAAUAUUCGAGGGCAUCUAUUGGUUGAAAGGAAUAAGAUCGAGAUUGUUGCAGCUGUGAAGAUCCAGAGCUGCUGGAAGGGGUGGCUGCAGAGAAGUCAGUACUCGCUUCUGAAGAGAGCAGUAGCUCGCAGGAAUCAAGAGCGGAAGAAUCAGGAAAUGUGCAAUGCAGCUACUGUGUUGCAAAAGUCGUGGCGUGGUGCUCAAAGCAGGCUCAAGUUGAAGCAUUUGCGAGUUGAGAAGACUGUGAGGGACCGAGCUGCCACAGUAAUUCAGGCGCAUAUUCGCGGUCAUCUGUCUAGAUGUGAACUUAGGAAGGUGACAUGUGCUGUGCUAAGAAUUCAAAACUGCUGGCGCCAACAUCGCUCCGCCCAAGAAUGCUUAGUAGCUGCCGCAGCAAUCCAACAAGCUGAGGAAAGAAGACUUCAUGCAGCAAUCACUUUACAAGCUUAUGCCCGUGGUUUCGUUGUUAGACAGGAGUUGGUGCGCAUGCAGAAAGCAGCUACCACAAUUCAGCAGCAAUGGAAGGCGCACAAGCAUAUUUGCAUGAGGGCUGCGAUCAAGUUGCAAGCAUAUGUUCGUGGUUUUUCUGCCAGAUUAAAGUAUGCCAUGCACAAGAAAGCCAUGGUAGAAGAAAGAGCUGCCAUCCUUAUCCAGGCCUGUGUUCGAGGGCACCUAGUGCGAUGUCAUUUAACUAUACUGCACACGGCAGCGUUAAUUAUACAACUUCAAUGGCGAAGAUAUUCUCGCAGCUGUCGGUUCGAGGCAGCUGCUCCGUUAGUUGCUCAUGGGGCAGUUUCAGAGAGGGAAACUCUUGCCCUCUGUCGUGGAGACUCACACUUGCGAUCAGGUCAUGGGCGUGUGAGGGUUGAGAAGGACGUAGAGAUGGAGCUUUCAAAUGAAAUAGCUCUUACAAGUGAGGAGGAUGAGGUUUUAAUUUCUAAGGAAGGCUUGCAGCUGUCUCCAGAAUUCCCUUCUCUUGAGAAGGUGGUCGAUAUUACAGUUGUACAGCAGGUCGACCAACGUGAAAAGGCAGGAGAAAAGGGACCUGACAUUGCUCUUUUGUCGAGGAGAGAUGAUAUCGGGCUGCGUCCACUCCUGAACGGCGAACUUCCUGGAUUUCCUACGGGCGAAUUGCCGGUGGGUAAGGUUAGCCAGAACGAGGAUUGGAAUGAUGUGUCAAUCGACCACUUAGAUGAGUGUCUUGAUACAUGCCUUGCAUCCCUCAAGCCUCUCCCUGUUGACCUGUCGGCGUCUGUCAUUUCCGCUGAUCAGUGCUUCCCAAAAUUUGUUAUUUUGGAAGAAGGUCACCCAUCUCAACAGAAAGUCAGUAAUGAUCGGUCGUCGGGCUAUCUAAGUGUAAAUGGCACAGAAGCUGUUAAUGUAGUCACUCCUGCAAAGGCAGAGGCCAACACCACUUCACAUUCGGCGCCAAGGCUGCAGAGGGCUUCGUCAAGAAAGGGUGUAAAGCACGAGAUUAGCAAGGAUGUCCCAAGUAACUCCUCUAAUGGUCAUCUGAAACAAAUUACUUUGUCUUCUCGUGACAGUCUACAACCUGCUCAUGGAAUUUCAGCCAAGCUGAAAAAGGAUUCUCAAACAAAGGUCGAAAUUCAACAGGUCGAGGAGGCAGAAUGUGGAAGCAAGGGUCAAGGUAAAAGUCGUUAUUCUGAGGAUUUGAAGCGGAACGAGGAGAGGUUGCAGCAGUUUGCGCAAGUCUUUCUCCUGCAAAGACACAUUGCAUAUCAACAACAGCGCGCCCAGUCGGCUCCUCCUUUUCCUCCGCCCGCAUUCGCUGGAUCUGGGACAUUGCAAGAAUCACAAGUGGGCCAAAGCAGGGACAUCUGUUCAGAGUCUGGUCUAGGAGAACGAGAUUCUGACUCAGUUGCUGUUCGGAAGGUGCACCACAAUGCAAUUCAAAGACAAUCUGUUCCCACCAAUAUUCAACAUAACUUGCAUGGAGGUAUUGUAUACGGCACCGAUACAUCAUCUUCGCCUGGACAAGAGCCAGUAAGCUAUCACAAAGGAGCAGUUCCCUCUGUCAAGCAUCAUAGACAGACCCCUGGUGCAGAUGUUGUGGUAGACAUGGUGUUACUUCUGAGAAAGAUAGAGGAGGUAUACGGAACGUCAGAUGUUGAUAUUGCAGAAUCAAGUAGCUCUUGUUUUCCAACGAGAAGUGGCGACAUUGAAGAGGGAGAACCUUUUGUGGACAAAAGGAAGAAGUCAUCAACCCUUGGUUUUACCAAGUCCAUUAGUAUGAGACAAAUUGGCCUACCCAAUGUGAAUGCCAUGCUGCUUGUGAUUAUUGCAAUGGUGGUCUAUACACGGACAAUCUGCCAAGGCGUCCUCUUUGGACACCGACAGACCCACAGAAAAAUCUAAUAGAUUACACAUCAGUCAAUAUUGUCUUCUUGUAGACUACAGUUUGAAGCCAAUGGUUUAACCGUCUUCAAUCCUAGAUUAUCUUUGAAUGUAUAGCUCUACUGUACCUGGAUUCACACCACUGUCGGAGUAAUUCAGUGGAGGUGCUAUGGCGCACAUCACCCAAAGGGGACCCAAGCCAGAGCAAUCCUAUAGAGUGAAACCAAUUUUAAAAGUGAAGUUAAAGUAGAGUGAUCCAUUUAUCUCUCUGCAAAUAGGAGUUGGUAGGUCAGAAUCUCUCCUGCUGCAUGCAGAGAGCCAUUCUUUUUAUUCAUAUGUGAAUAAUCCAAUAAUCGGCAUUUGGUGACUUGUACCUGUCUCAUGUACCAAAUGAGCCUCAAAGCAGGUCGUAAGGGGAUAUUCUCUAGGUGGCAAGGUUUCAUAAUCCAGCAGCUUAGGGAAGUGAGUUCACCUAAACCAAGCCCAUGUUGAUAUGUUCAUCUUAAUAUGAACUUCGGGGAGGCUGGUGUGUAUAUUACAUUUGGAAGAAUAGAUUGCGAUAAGAGAGGACGGGGUUUCGAGGUAUGGAACCCUUUGAAGCACGGUGAUUCGUUCUGUACCGUGAUCCGUCUGUCUGCCCAUGGUUGGUACCGCAAUUGUUGGUAGUCUUUGUGAACUCGAUCAGCUUCCACCGAGCAGUUAAAAGAGGUCUGACAUUACGGAUGUGGCAGAGACAUUGAGCACCGGCCGAAGGGUAUAUCAGUUUUAUCCUUUCUUCAUGUGUACCCCAACAUUUAUGAACUUAUAGGUGCGAGUCAGGUGUUCGUUUUCUAGAGGACUGUUGUUCUGAUGUAUUUAUAACCCGCAAUGAAAUUGGAAGAUGAACCUUUGAAGGUAAAGGUUGGAAUGUA